CUCCUCUUCUUGUCGGCCUCCCGUGCCGCUGGCUGACUCGCACUCGAGGCGUGCAUGAUCCACGGCGGCCACGCGGGUCGUAGAACUUGGGAUAGGGCCUGACACUGGGGCUCCGCUAGUGUCCACAGUCACUUUAGUUCCUGGGGACCCUCAGUAUCUCUCUCCGGGAGGGCAGCCUGCCUCCACACCCUGUACACGGAGUGGUUCCCCGAAGUCUCCUUUCGCUCCCUUGGGAUUCUUGGUUUAAAUUUGGAACAAGGCUUGGAUCGCUAAGAAGUCUUUUCCCAUCCUGCUCUGGAUCUGGUACGACAGGCUGCUCUCUUCACCAUGAUUCCCUGCAGAGCGGCGCUGACUUUUGCGCGAUGUCUGAUCCGGAGAAAAAUCGUCACACUGGACAGUCUAGAAGAUUCCAAACUCUGCCGCUGCUUAACCACCAUGGACCUCAUCGCCCUGGGGGUUGGAAGCACUCUUGGCGCUGGGGUUUAUGUCUUGGCUGGGGAAGUCGCCAAAGCAGAUUCUGGCCCCAGUAUUGUGGUAUCCUUCCUCAUCGCUGCCCUGGCCUCUGUGAUGGCAGGACUUUGCUACGCUGAAUUUGGGGCCCGAGUCCCCAAGACUGGAUCAGCUUAUCUAUACACAUACGUAACGGUUGGAGAACUGUGGGCCUUCAUCACUGGCUGGAAUCUCAUUCUGUCAUAUGUCAUAGGUACAUCCAGUGUCGCAAGAGCGUGGAGUGGCACCUUCGAUGAACUUCUAAACAAACAAAUUGGUCAGUUUUUCAAGACGUAUUUCAAGAUGAACUAUACUGGGCUGGCAGAAUACCCAGACUUUUUUGCUGUGUGCCUUAUACUACUUCUGGCAGGUCUGUUAUCCUUUGGAGUAAAAGAGUCCGCUUGGGUGAAUAAAUUCUUCACAGCUAUUAACAUCCUGGUCCUUCUCUUUGUCAUGGUGGCUGGGUUUGUGAAAGGAAAUGUGGCCAACUGGAAGAUCAGUGAAGACUUCCUCAAAAACAUAUCAGCGGGUGCCAGAGAACCGCCUUCUGAAAAUGGCACGAGCCUCUAUGGGGCUGGUGGUUUUAUGCCCUAUGGCUUCACAGGAACUUUGGCUGGUGCUGCAACUUGCUUUUAUGCCUUUGUGGGAUUUGACUGCAUUGCAACCACUGGGGAAGAGGUCCGGAAUCCCCAGAAAGCUAUUCCCAUUGGAAUAGUGACUUCCUUACUGGUUUGCUUUAUGGCCUAUUUUGGGGUUUCUGCAGCUUUAACGCUUAUGAUGCCUUACUACCUCCUGGAUGAGAAAAGCCCACUUCCGGUAGCGUUUGAAUAUGUCGGAUGGGGUCCUGCCAAGUAUGUUGUUGCUGCAGGCUCCCUCUGCGCCUUGUCAACAAGUCUUCUUGGAUCCAUUUUCCCAAUGCCUCGUGUAAUCUAUGCUAUGGCGGAGGAUGGGUUGCUUUUCAAAUGUCUAGCUCAAAUCAAUUCCAAAACGAAGACACCAAUAAUUGCUACUUUGUCAUCGGGUGCAGUAGCAGCUGUGAUGGCAUUCCUGUUUGACCUGAAGGCUCUUGUGGACAUGAUGUCCAUCGGCACCCUGAUGGCCUACUCUCUGGUCGCCGCCUGUGUGCUCAUCCUCAGGUACCAACCUGGCUUGUGUUACGAGCAGCCCAAAUACACCCCUGAGAAGGAAAUUCUGGAAUCAUGUACCAAUGCAACCUCGAAAAGCGAGUCCCAGGUCACCAUGUUACAAGGACAAGGUCUCAGCCUCCGAGCCCUCUUCAACCCCUCUGCUCUGCCCACACGACAGUCUGCUUCCCUCGUGAGCUUUCUGGUGGGAUUCCUGGCCUUUCUCAUCUUGGGCCUGAGUGUUCUGACCACGUACGGAGUCCAGGCCAUUGCCAGACUGGAAGCCUGGAGCCUGGCUCUUCUCGCCCUGUUUCUUGUCCUCUGCACGGCCGUCAUUCUGACCAUUUGGAGGCAACCACAGAAUCAACAAAAAGUAGCCUUCAUGGUCCCGUUCUUACCCUUUCUGCCGGCCUCCAGCAUCCUGGUCAACAUUUACUUGAUGGUCCAGUUAAGUGCAGACACGUGGGUCAGAUUCAGCAUCUGGAUGGUGCUUGGCUUUCUGAUUUACUUCGCUUAUGGCAUUAGACACAGCUUGGAGGGUAACCCCAGGGAUGAAGAAGAUGAUGAAGAUGUUUAUUCAGACAACAUCAGCGCAGCAACAGAAGAGAAAUCCGCCAUGCAGGCAAACGACCAUCACCAAAGGAGCCUCAGUUUACCUUUCAUAUUCCAUGAAAAGACAAGCGAAUGCUGAUACUGGCCCACGGUCUCACCACAUCGCUUAUGAGGAGUAAACUAUGCCGGACAUCACCAUCGUGCUGCGAUGUCAUGAGUUUGCUGUAGACAUGGCUCACCUAACUUAUAUUUCCUCCUCCAGACAGCCUCUCUUCAGAUGGUGAAUUAUGUGUCUGGGGAAACUGCCUGAGCGCACUCCUCGGCAAUGAGUAUCCCCAAAGUAACGUUCCGUGUGUGUCCAUGUAUGUUUGGGAAUGUGAAUGUUAAAUGUUCUUGGCUUUUAUUACCGUGUGACGUUUUCCCAGCGUCCUGAUGGGUGGCAUAUACUGCACAUGCUAAUAGAGGGUGUAUUGCGGAAUAGAGGUGUGUUCUGAUAUGUCCUGGGAGGUUAGGGAAAUAGUGAUGCCUUUCCUUAUUAGGUCUAUGACUGUCAACUUGGGCGUACUGAGAAUGCAGCCAGCUGUCGUGGUGUUUAGCAGUGAUCAGGGGAGAGCAGGAGAUAAGGAAUGAGCCUUUUCUAUACAUUACAGUGCCUUUAGAGUUAUCACACAUUGUCUUCUUCUACUUGCUAGGACUUUACUAAACUUUACAGAAGGAGUGUGCAUUUCUUCAGUAUGACAGGAUGGAGAGAAGAGUCUGUGACACCAGGUAGUCAGUACUGGUUUUGAGAGCCUUGGUCCUUAAAUAUAAUGCUUCUGCCUACUCCAAGUGGCAUGCUCCCCCAACCUCAACUUCAUCAAGGACUCAGGAGAGGGCCUAGGACCUGCUCGGGACCCUUUAAGUGAGAGAAUGAAUGUGGUCCCAUCUCACGGCAGGAGGACCAGAGAGACUUAGAGAGGCUCAGACAGGCUUUCUAUUUUUAAAAGUGAGUGAGGGCAGUAUAAGCCCCUGUGUCCCAUGUUUGGUGGAAUGGUUCAGGCUAUUUUCUGUUACUUAAUACCCAAUCACAGCUCAGCUUCUGUUGCUACAUCAAUCACUCUUUUGCUCUGGUACUUUCUCUGACCUACAUGGAAAUGGACGUGAUAGCAAAUUCUAUCUUUGCAACCAGAAGAAGAAGAAGAAGAAGAAGAAGAAGAAGAAGAAGAAGAAGAAGAAGAAGAAGAAGAAGAAGAAGAAGAAGAAGAAGAAGAAGAAGAUGAUGAUGAUGCAGGAACAUAUUGCUAGUCCAAUCUCACAGGGCAUUUGAUCCCAAUUUGUGGAUUUUAGACCUAAUAAACCUCUGAUGUUUCUUUUAGAAAUGUUUAGAGAUUCCUGCCCCCAUCCCAUCAUUUACCACUUUUUGCUUCAUUCGCUUUUAACUGGCCUCAUUAAACCUAUUAACACAGCUCUGAUAUUAUGCAAUAAAUCAUCAGUUACUUUCAGAACACAGUUUUUUAAAACUUUGAGUUAAAUAACCAAAUCGAAUUAAAAGCACAGUGAUCUUUGUGUAUGACUAAAUAAAUUUUAUAUGUAAGAUUCUCUGAUUGCUACAUUUUACUUUAUAGGGUUCUCUGAUAGUGGAUUAUAAAUCUCCGAUCAUUCUUAUUCCUUGUGAGUUAAUUUUGUAUAAGUAAUUAAAUGGUGUGUUAGAUAAAUCUAGAGGCUAGACAGGUAACACAGGGGCGGCACUCCCAGGCAACCAGAUGUUACCAAGAAUGCUAGUUGCCUUGCGUAAUCCAAAGACAAGGAAAUCAAUUGCUCUUUCAUAAUCCUUCUAAGAGAACAUUGAUUUUACUGAUGCCGUUUCCAAGCAGUUGUUGUACUUCGUGUGGAAGUAGGCGUUAAUUGCGGCUAUCAGCUAAGCAGACACAGGUUCUGGGCUCCUGGUUGUUAGCGAUGCCUCCCUGACCCAGGGCUUAGCGCUGACAUUCCAAAGUUUCCAGGGUGCACGUGAGAAAAUCCAAAGCCCAGAUACUCUUUCCAACUGCUUGCUUUACCACAGAAGAAAUGUAGAAGAAGCAAAGGCUAAAGGAGUAUGAGAAGCACUGUAGCAUGGUCAGGGAUUCUCACUACCAUUAGUAGAUGCCCACGGAGGGAGAACCAGGCAUGAGCCCACUUGUCAGUUAAGUAGUCCCAAGUGGUCAGCAUUACACACUUGUCCAUACAAGCAAUACUAAGUGGACUCAGCAGGUUACAUACAUACACACACAUGUAUAUAUGUAACAAUAAUAAAGAAGAGGUCAUGGAUUUGAUAUAAGGAGUAAGGGAUAUUGGAGAGGGAAAGGGAGGAUAGAAAUUAUCAGAACUAUAUACUCACAAAAAAUUCUCAAAAAUUUUAAAUUAAAAAAAAAAACCCUGCUUUUACAGCAGUGCCCUUCACACAGAAAAUGUGAACAAGGUCAUACAUGAAUCCCUGAGUUUCUUACUGUAAUAAAAACAUACGUCUGGACCGUGGUAGGCAACUAAAAGUAUUGUGCCCACUGAGGAUGUUCACACUGAAACACGUUGGAAACACGGAUGUCUGUGAAAGACGUUUUGUCAGAGACCAUGCUCUUUCUGUGAAGACCAGAAUGGAUAAGCAAGUCUGUAUGUGUAUAGUGUUUAUAAACACACUGACAUAUGUUUGUGUACUGUAUGUUUGUCUGUGUGUUUGUGGGGGGCUUUCGGUUAUCAGUGUGUAAGUAAGUUGGGUUUAUGAUGAGCUUUGGAUGUGAUAUUGUUACAUAGAUAAAAGCCCAAUUGAUGUGGCGAGAGACUAAUGUUUUAUAUCGAUAGAUAUUUUAGAUUUUAAGCUAUUUUAAAAUAUACAAUUUUAUAUGUAUAUUUUCUAUAGAUAGAUUCUUUAAGACAUAUUUAUCAUGUUUCUAAUAUGAAAUCACUAAGCUCUAGUAUAUUAUGACGGGUGCUUUUGAAUCUGAAUGGAGUAGGGGUAGGGACCUUGGGAUGUUCUUGUUUAUUUGUUUCUGUGGCAUUGUUUCUGACACACCUGUGCCUGUGUGUGCUUGCCAGCAAACGCCAGUACUACCACCUCUUUGCCAACCCCCUGUCCCCCUGAACUUGAGUUCAUAACACUGUGAGCAAAGCGUCCUGUUCUGCUUUGUAGGAUCACCCAAAUAUUUUGUAUAGAUUUGACUAGCAAGCAAAUGAUACAGAAAGUCAAAUAUGGAUGCCUUCUUCUAUUCAUCAUGGUGAGCAACAGUUUAUAGUACUUUAUUUUUUUCUUACCCUGAGAACUGUGUUGUUGGCAUUUUCAGUGAGAUGGUCUCCUCACAGCACCUUAAUUUCAUACUCUUCACAAAAGAGAACGAUCUGGGAAUUAGCACAUAAAGAUCACACCAAUCAUUUAUUUAAAAGGGCGCUUAUGAAAACUCAGGUUUAGAAACUCCUGAGAAAAACUUAACUAGAAUCUAUGAGAUAUACUAAAAUAUCUUAAUCUUGUUUCCUUAGUGAAACAAGUCAAGAAAACUAACCAAAAUAUUAUACAUGUAUGUAUCAACAUUAAUAUGUAAAAUUAACAUUGAAACUACUGUUGGUUUGUUAACUUUAGUUAACCGUAACUGAUUUAAAAAGAACACCAGCAUCUGAAUAGUCUUCCUAAAGAAGAAAAGCUUAGAUAAUUUUAAUUUUUAUAAAGCUUUUCUUUUAACCAAAUUUUCCCACAUCCUGAAUGUUUUCUAAUAAAACACUGUGAUUCAGAAUUGUUGCUAGAUCAUUUUCUAAGUUUGUUUGACCAUUUAGUAAAGGUGAAGGAGAAUGAUUGCCCUACAGUGCUAAGGAGACAGAAGGAAUAACUGCACCUUACCUUCUCCCUUCAUAUAGUAUAUCAGGGUGUAUGCACGCACACAUGCCUGCGUACACUCACGCACAUAUGGUGGCUAUGUAAGAAAGAAAAUCAGAGUGUAUCCCAAAAUCGCCACCCAGAUGAUGAAGUUGCACUAAAAUUCCAGGUCUUGCUUCUUUGCAGCACUACUUGGGAUUUCUCCAGAUACCCUUCAAGUGAUAGUCCCUAAGAUACCGUUUCCAUGGCACUUUAGAAGAUGAUAGUCCCUAAGAUACAGUUUUCACAGCACUUUAGAAGACAAUAGUCCCUAAGAUACAGUUUCCAUGGCACUUUAGAAGAUUGAGUUUCGAGCAUUGUGAAUGGAUGAUUCACAUUCACAUAGUGUGUAGGGGUUGGUGGCAGGGGUGCCGUUAUCUGUUUUUUUUGUUUUGUUUUGUUUUGUUUUGUUUUUUGUUUUGCUAGUUCCAAAACAGUGCCUUCUCUGUACAUGUUCUACUUUAUAUAUCAAGGAAAAGUACUGAAAUUCAUGUAGUAAAUAAUGCCAGCAAGGGUCAUCUUAGCUCUAGAUGUGAAGAUAAGGUCGCUAGACUUCACUGUUUAGCUGAGAUGGGGUUUUCCUUAUAUACUUGUAUUUAAAGAAUUUAAAAUAGCUUUGUGGGUUUUGAGAAGUCUGAUACUACUGUUGCAUUACUGGUUUAGGUGUUGGUUUUUGUAGUAUUCAUAAUUGUUUAUAUUUACACCGUUUUCCUCUUACUGGUUUCAAAUGUAUUCUGUUAUAGCAUAACCCUAUUUUAACACUACUGGCCAGGAGUUCUCUACUUGUCUGUCCUUACCCAAGUCCUGAAGCCACUGCCACAAUCUCUGGACUCUAAGCAGCCUUUCUGACCCCUGACGGCCCCAUAGAGAUUUCCAGCUAGGAGCCCCGUUUAAUGCCACGACCAGGCAGCCUGCUGUUACAGGGUGUGUGUGCUUAUAUUCUGCUGUUACGGGGAUGUGUGUGCUUAUAUUCUGGAGAUGUCUAAGAUAGUGAGGUAGAGUAGGAAGUAAAGAACUUCUAAUGAAUUACGGUCAUGUGGAAUCCUUAACUUCAGUUCUAGGUAUCUCAUCAGUCUGUUUAGGGGAAUAAGGACCAAGGAAUAUCUGUGACUUGUGGAGGGGUGUGGCUGUGUCUUGGAACUGGCAUGGUAGGGCCUGGCCUGCUGUUUUUCCUGCAGGCACGCAGCCUCAAGGCGAGAAAUACAUGGUCAAGUCCCUGUUGGUAGAAAGCUUUGUACUGCCAGCAGGGUGGCCUACUGUACCCACACCUCGCUGAUGAGCCCCACGUUUUUCAUGUCCACUAGCAGUGUCAAAUUGUUUUAUUGCUUUAUUUUGUUGUCGUUAUAUUUAAUAGCAGUUGUGCAGAAAACCUAAAACAAUCCGGAACUUCUGUGUCUACAAAACCCGACAAGUACCCUAUCGUAAGUACUUGUGCAAAUGUAAAAACGUUUUGUUCAUGAAAUAAUUUUGAUGUUUUUAAUGAUAAUUGGUGUUGCUUUUUACAUAUAAAGUUGAACUCCUUUUUUUAGAAUUUGUAAUAAAAACUAUUGCUGCUUCAACUGUUACCAUGUUAUGCUUUAUAAUGUAACCAUGUGUUUUUAAAUAAACCUUAAUAU